UUGUUUCAAAGCCAUGCUUUGAUUGCUUUCCAUAAAAAAAAUUAUUGAUAAACUCACUUAGUCACUUUUGGGUCUUUGUGUUUCAGAUUAGGUGUCUAAUUGAAUAGUACUCUGACCACCUCAGAUAAUUCUCUGUGUGUGGCUCAUUUAAAUAAUCAUCCAUCGAUGUUUGCUUGUAUAGUUUAUGUGGUCUAAUUUUACGAAAUUUCGUAUCAUAGAGUAUUGAACUGUUGAUAAUAAAGUGUGGGAAAUAGUAAUUUCUUUGGUCCUCGCUUACUAAACAAAGGAAAAGAAAGUGAAACCUCCCCUGCCUUCCAACUUUAUCAGUUCUUUCCUUUGUCCUACUAAAUUAAAUAAAGUUGCAUAUUUUCAUCAAUGGUUUCAAAGUCUCUCUCUCUCUCUCUCUGCUCUCUCUCAAAAUAGUAAGUUUGCAACUACAAGCUCUUCCAUGGAGUUUAGGACACCCUAAACUCGCAUAGAAAUGCAGGUGCUUCUGCCUCAAACCCAUUAUACCUCACUAUUCUAUACCCACUAUUCCACCUUUACACUGGAAUUUGGAGCGUUAAGAAGUAAAACUCUGUGUAGUUCCUUAAUCUCUGAGUAAAGUUGGGUUCUUGUGGGUUUUUCUACUGAUGAUGAUUCUCCAGUGGUAAAGUAAUGGGCUUGGAUUGAACUUGGGUUUAGUUGAAAUCUGUUAAAGUUUGGCUCUUUUACAUUUAAUGGAGUCUUGGAGCUGUAUUUCUGAAGGGAAGGGUUUUGUACCUGAUCAAACAAUUUCUCAUACUGAUUCACUUGGUAGAAAUAGAAGUGCUUUGAUGGGUUGGGAUUUGAAAAUCCCAUGUACUUUUGAAAGUCAAGGUUUUGGGGAAUUGGGUUUGGCAGAAAUGUUGGGCAAACAUCUACCAAGAAGUACAACAAGUAUGGGUACCCUAAAUCCAUUUUUUGGAGAAGAUGAAUCCUCUUCAAAGCUUUCAAGCUCUAUUGUUGAAUCCAACAGCAGGGAUUCUUCACUCUUUGAUUUAAAACUAGAUGCUUAUACUUCUAAGUCAUCAAAAAAAGCUUCGAUUUUUUCUACAUCCGAGUCAUCUACACCUGCAAAGAGAAUGAGGGUAUCAGGAGUGUACUCCCCCCCGACUGCUUAUUGCCAGGUUUAUGGCUGCAACAAGGACCUCAGCUCCUCUAAGGACUACCACAAGAGGCAUAAAGUUUGUGAGGCUCACUCGAAGACCGCCAAAGUCAUUGUCAAAGGCAUAGAACAGAGGUUUUGUCAGCAAUGUAGCAGGUUCCAUUUGCUGGCUGAAUUUGAUGAUGGUAAGCGCAGCUGUCGUAAACGCCUUGCCGGACACAAUGAGCGCCGGAGAAAGCCUCAAGUUCGUAUUCAUUCUGGAAGAGAUGGGAGGUUGCUUCAGUCAUAUAGUGGCAGCAGUUUUCCGGGGACUAUGUUCACAGCUGCAUCUUUCGUCUGCCAAGAUAUACUCCCUAGUAGCAUUUUAGAUGCUGAGAAUUACAGAACAAGUGACUGCAGGCGUAUAAAAGUGGAAGGUGGCACUCAGCAUAGGCCUUUGUCAGGAGUGCCUGUUACAAAUGGGCAUCUGCAUUUGAAACCGGUCUUCUCUUCUUAUGACAAUGGAAAACAAUAUCCCCCAGUUCAUGUAAAUGGAACUAAUAAUCUUCCUAGUGGAAGCAUACUCGCUGAGACUGGUAGUCAGUAUCCACAUGAGUUGAGAAGCUUAAAUUCUGGUUCAUGUUCUAUUUAUCAUGAGGUUGCAUUAGGAAGUGAAGACUUCAAUGAUCUCCACACAACAGCAUCAACCGUGCAAGGAUUAUCGCGCAUUCCAGACUCUGGUUGUGCUCUCUCUCUUCUGUCAUCUCAAUCACAGAACUCUACAAGCCAUUCUUCAGGAAUUCCUAUUGCUCGUCCCUUGGUAAUGCCUGUCAGCCAUACACAUUACAACCUCACACAAGUUUCUGAUAAGCUUUCCUCGCAGGCUUCCACAAGUGGGGUGUUGAAUAAAUUUCCUUCUUCGGGUCCCAUGAUGAUAUCUACUGGAAGUGAUGCUGAUAAUUUUGGAGUCUCAAAUGGGAUUUUCCAAGGAUCACAGUUUUUGAACCUCAAAGAUCGUCUAUCAUGUGAUGGUGGGACUACUAUUGACUUGCUUCAACUUUCAUCAGAGCUCCAACGAGUUGAGGAUCAACGGCAAUCCCUGCAGGUGAAGAAGGAAAAUGACGCUUUCUGCUGCCUCUGAAGUCCGAAUCAUGUAAAGUGAUCUCUAAACAGUAAAAUAUUCUUUUUGUGGUGAGAUGGGAAGCAAUCAAAAUAUCUAAGUAUGUCAAAGUUGGGAACUACUCCACCAUGGAUCUCCAAUGACAGUAGCACUUGCAGAGGUCAAGAAGGAGCUUUUAGCAUAUCAUUCUAACCUGCUGCUUAACAACUUGGUAAUAGGAAGUCAUAUCUAAGUAAGAUUGACUCCUUAUUAUACUAGCGUCAGUGUUAAGUUGUAUACUAAAAUAAAUGAUCCCCUAACCUCCUAGCUAGCUUCUCUUUGUUCUCUGCAGUCUUAUGAAAUUUCAUGACAAGUACUGCUUUCAAGCUAACAUCAUAUAUGGAAUAAACCCACAAGUUCCAUUUAUUUA